GCUCGGUUGGAAGCUACGUUGGAGGCUUAUAACUUUUGAAUGCGUAAUCCAAUAUCAAUGCAAUAUUGAAUAAAAUAAUGUAGUUUCUAUAACUGUGCAUAGAUUGGUUCAACUCGCUACCGUUUUAUGUUAUAGCUUUCCAAAGUUGACAGGAUUUUUUUUGACAAAAAAAUAACGUAAAAAACUUUUUUUUGUACUUUACACAAUUUUCACAACAAAAUGGCUCUUAUAGUUUUGAGAAUUGUAUACUACACGUCUAGCAAAAAACAAUCAGAAAUUUUUUAUAAGUAAUUAAACAGAUAAAUAAUUCUAAAAAUCAGAUUUAUUACUCAAAAAAUUCUUUAAAAAAAAUCAGAGAACAAUAACUGUUUACACACCUAUUCCAAACUUCAAGUCAAUAGGAUUCCUAGUAUCAGAGAAAUAAGCAAUCAAAAUCGAUAGUAGCCGGUUCCCUGGAAUGGGGUUAAGGGUGCAUAGACAGUAGUUGUUAUAAUUAUGUUAAGUAAUGGGAAAUAGUUAGGUAGUGUACUCGGUUUUUAUUAAUAUUUAUCGUAGGAAUUGAGAGCAGCAGCACAAUCGUAUAAUAUCGUAUAUAUGAAGCAUUUAUAAGACAAUAAACGAUGCUGCUCACGAGCCGUAAUUUCCAUGGCUGUUCGUCUACUUUCAAAAAAUAACCAAAUCCACCCAAAUGUGGUACAAACACAAUCAACCUUAGUAUAUUGAGGUACAUAUAUAGCGAACAUAACACUUGGCAUGCAUUGCUCGUUUCAGGCUGCAUGCCGUUUGCGGGUGCGCUUAAUUCAGGAGUUUCAUAUGGAUGGCAAAAACUAUGACGAUAUAACGUACAACUUUCUAAUCGGUGGAGAUGGACAUAUCUACGAGGGUCGAAAUUGGUACAAAAUUGGUGCCACCAUUCCCGGUUACAAUUCCCGCAGCAUAACGGUGGCUUUUGUGGGAGAGUACAAUUACGGUGGCAAACCUACUAAAAAGCAAAUCGAGCUGUUGAAAUAUCUACUGCACUUUGGUGCAAAGGAGCGGCACCUAAAGGAAGGUUACCGAAUAUAUGCCUCGGAGCAGCUGGAUCCAACGGUUGGGACGGGCAAGUGGCUAAUCGAAGCUCUGCACAGCUUGCCCCAGUUUGUCGAUAAGGAGCAAAAUAAGGACGAGCAGCCCGAUCACGAACAGGACCAAACGGUGCUAACUUGUUUCGCCCUUGCAGGAUUCAACGUGGACAGCAUCUGCAUCGCGUUCAUUGGAACAUUCAUCGCGGAUCCGCCACCGAUCGCUCAGCUAAGUGCUGCGAAGCAGCUCAUUCUGCUAGGUAUGAAGGAAAAUUAUCUUGCCUCCAACUACAGCCUGUACGGCCACCGACAGCUGGCACCGUUCGAGAGUCCGGGCAAGGCACUGUUCGAUAUCAUCAAAACUUGGCCCCACUGGUCGAACAAGCUGGGGUCCAAUCACUGGGUCGAACGGCGAACGACACCACAAACCGAAGAUGACGCAGGAAAUGACUUGCCCCCAUCACCAUUCCUCCCCCCAAGUGUCCUUGAUGACUUCUUCUCUCCCUCUCUCUCUUGA